UUAACUUUAAAACAUAUAAUCAGAUACUCAUCAGGCUCUUUUCUCAACCUCAACUUAAUGCGUUCUGUACAAGACACAACAAUAUCUGGAAAGUUAGGAUUUACAAUGAAUCAUGACUAGUAUGUAACGUUUCAAUCUGACGACUUCGAGGAGCAUUCCUUGCACUUAAUAAUCACGAGUUUCCUCUCACAGGCCCGGUAAAGGGAUUACUGCUGAAAAGUUUUGGGCGGUCGCCCUAAUCUGUAUGGUCUCGUAUGAUACCCCCUACUGAUAUUAGGACAAUUCGAAAUUUCUAGUGCAAAUGAAGAUGCCAGUGGAGACAUACUUGAACGUGGCCUUUGACCCGCAUCCUGGAGAUUUGGUGUCGGAACCCUAACCCUAAAUGUGAAACUUGCAGCAUUGCCUUCUUUGUUUCGUCGAUCGUUUUAAAGAUUGGAGCUGCACUCGUAAGCCUUAAAGCCAUGGGUCGGUCCACAGCUACUGGGUCUAAGGGCAAGCGUUCCUCCUGCCGCAACGAACCGAGUGCCGUAACAGCAUCGGGGUCCUCGGCCAAGUCUAUUUUGGCAGGUAGAUGGUCUAGGAUUGACGUAUUCCAUUAAGCUCUUCUUCUUUCUGUGAACAGCACGAAAAAUGAAAGGAGUUGGCAAAGUGUUCACGUCUGUUUGGUAGAUGGCUGCAAGUGGAGAUCGAGAGGGAGAGGGUUGGUCAAAACGGCCUUACGAAAGCGGAGAUGGAUUUUUUGCGAAGGACCUGAAAAAUCACCUUCCUGAACGUGAUGUUCCACUUUUUCAGAAGCGAGGAGGUUGGGCCAGCAGGCAUCCAGAAAGCCCGAGGGUGUCUUGCGCAGCCCUGUUCUCAAAUCUUGUGUCGAACUCUUCCGGAGGGGCAUUACUCUGCCUCUAUCUCCUCCGGAGUACGAGGAAGCUCUCUUUGAUUUGGCUGAAGUGCUUCUGCAGCUAUGCAGUUCCCUCCAGGCGGGAGUUGGCCAGAUUACAGGAAGCCCCUUAGAAGGGAAGACGAAAAAAGGCCAGGCAGUUGGGCUCCAAUGCCAAAAUUUGGCCGAAGCUGCUGAAAUGUGCAGGGAAAGCGCUGAGGCUUUCGAGUCUGUAUGUACCCUCAAAGGUCAGUUGGAACAAGAGGCCCUUGUCAACAGCGGCGUCGCUCUCAGCGACUGGUCAGAACUUGCGCUUGAACUCCCCGAAUCUAAUGGAGGCGGUCUGACUCUCGCCAAAGAUAUACUCUUACGAGCGUUUGAGAGAUAUUCGGCCGCACUGCUAUCAACCCCAGUUGAUGUGGAGCUUCUGGUGAAUUACGCGGACUGCUGCGUGCGGAGGGCGGAACUCGAAGUCGAUCACCCUUCGUCUGACGUCCAGUGGAACGCCAUCAAAGAGCUGUACGAGCUUGGGCUAGGAGCGUACGCCUCUGCGUGCGCCAAUGCCGAUGCAAGGAUAGGUGACGAUCUGGCUGGGCUUCUGCAUAAUUGGGGAUCAGGACUCUUUUCUUUUGCAGAGAGAUCACCUGAUUUGGAAGAGGCUCUAAAUUUCGUCAAGAGUGGCCAAGAGAAGUUCUUCACUGCUAUCAAGUUUGGAAGCACCGAUGGAAACAUCAGAAAUGGCCUGGGCGAAUGUCUGACUAGUUUUGUGGACAAACUGCAAGGGAAGGGUGACUUCCUUCAACGAGGACUGGAUCUUUUGCAGGCCGCUUGCAAUGACGGCUAUGGAGCCGUCUUGAAGAUUGACUCUUCUAACAUAGCCGCCCUUCUCGGCCUCGGAGAAGCAUACCUGUCAGCCGGUAAAAUACUCAUUGGACAAGGAUUAUUUCCGCGAGCUCGAGAGUCUCUUAGUGAGAGUGUAAGAAACUUCGAGCGAGCGUUUGAGCUUAUGAAACAAGAUGCUGAAAAAUCGACGAAGUUCAAGCACGAGGAAUUAUGUGACUCGCUCUACAACUUUGCGUGCGCUGCCGCUCUUCUUGAGUUCGAGUCGAAGGCUGUCGAAAUUGUGGAGCAUCUGUUGGCUAUAGAUGCGGUUUGCAUAGAAGAUGUAAUGAAAGAUUUUGACUUGAGAAAUUUACAUCAAUAUUUUCUAUCGAAAUAUGCCAAGAUAUUAUAGCUAGAGUACCAUAAUAUGCGUACAUUCUAUCCAUUGAAACGAAAUAAAGAAAUAUUGUCGCCGAGGAGAAAAGAAAGAUGUGUAUGACUUAUGGACGGCUGUCGUAUGGCGAUAGAACAGCAAUCCAAUAUUGCGAGUGAAGUUGGCAAUAUGGCGUGCGGAGGCAAAUCCCAUGGUAAUUGUAGACAAAAUAAAUAGUGGAAAAAAAGUUUAGAAUUUAAAGUGU